GCUCUGAGAGGAAUCUGAGCCCUGAGGCUGGCAUGCAGUGUUCCUGAGAUCAUGUGCACCCUUUAGAAACGUCCUAAAAACAGAGCGAGGACACAGGGACGCGGGAGACUGUAGCAGCAAAAAGAGCAAGAGCGGCUUUCUGUGACUUUUAUUGAAAUCGAUAAAAACCUGAGGGAAAUUUCCUGCUUUCAGAAGAAGCUAAACGUCCUGGAGCCCGGACUCAUCAUGGCGGCUGCCGGGGGGCCUGUACUGGGGGCCACUAAUCCCACGCUGAACUACGAUGACUUCUGCCUCUACGGCUACAUGUCUGAUGAUGAACUGAUGCAGCUGGCCAUCGAGCGCAGCCUCACUGAGAGCCAGAACAACUCCACAACAUCAUCAGCUGAAAACACCAAGAGCUCCGCCCCUCAGUGCAGGACCGAGAUCCCACGGCAGGGUCAGCGCCAGACGCCACACCGUGCUCCGACUCCACCCCCCUGUCCUGCAAAUCCACCCAGGGACAGAAAAAACCAGCAGUCUGUGAUCGUGAGCCACUUCGUCACGGGUUACGGGAAGAGGAUGGUGGCGUACCGGACGCUUGACGGAACUCUGAUCGAAGUCAAACCCGAGGCAGAAGAAGACGUGGAUCCUGUGGUGAAGGCCAUCAGAGACGGAGACGUCGGGACUUUGAGAGGAUUGAUCAAAAAAUCCGACUGUAAUAUCCUGAUGCCGAACCAAUCCGGCUGGAUCCCGCUGCACGAGGCUGCGCACUACGGCCAGGAGCAGUGUAUUAAAGCGCUACUGAGAGUCCAACCCGGGAUGAUUAACAAGCGGACACUGAAGGAUCAGACGGCGCUGCUGCUGGCUGUGGCGCGGGAGAAGCAGGACUGUGUAGCGUGUCUCCUGGAGAAAGGUGCAGAUCCCGACAUUCCCAACAAGGACAAGGAGACGCCGCUGUAUAAAGCGUGUGAGAAGGAAAACCCAGCGAUUGUGGCCAUGCUGCUGAAUCACGGCGCGACGGUGAACAAAAGCUGCAUCCAGGGCUGGACGGCGCUGCACGAGGCAGUGUGCAGGAACCACGUGGAGAUCUGUGAGAUGUUAGUGAAGGCAGGAGCGAAAAUCAGCACACCUAACAUAUACGGCAUCACCCCUAUCUUCGUGGCAGCUCAGAGUGGGAAAAUAGACACGCUUCGCUUCCUCCUGAAGAACGGAGCUGAUAUCAACAGCCAGGCAGCAGAUGGAGCCACGGCGCUUUAUGAAGCCUGUAAGAACGGUCAUGUGGAGAUCGUGGAGUUCCUGCUGUCUCAAAAAGCCGACGCCAACAAACCGGGAAAAACCGGACUGCUGCCGAUCCACAUUGCAGCUCAGAGAGGAAACGAUGGCAACGACCUCUUCACUUUCGGCUCAACACACAAUACUGACAGGGCGCUUCAAAUCGUGUCGAUGCUCAUCCCUGCUACCAGUAAGGCCCGCGUGAGGCGUAGCGGCAUCAGUCCUCUACACCUCGCCGCCGAGCGAAACCGAGACGAGAUCCUGGAGCUACUCAUCGAGUCUGGCUUUGACGUCAAUGCCAUGCUGUCCGAGGACCGCAGCACCAUGUACGAGGACCGCCGCAGCACCGCCCUCUACUUCGCCGUAAUCAAUAACAACAUCGAAGCCACCAGAAUGCUGCUGCAGGCCGGGGCCGACCCCAACCUGGACACCUUCAGCCCUCUGCUCGUAGCCCUGAGGCAGGGCUGCAUAAGGACCGUGACCUUACUGGUGGAACACGGCGCUAACGUCAACGCCUACAUCCCCAUGCACCCCACCACCUUCCCCGCCACCGUCAUGUUCUGCAUGAAGUACCUCACCAUGCUCAAGUACCUGAUGGACAACGGCUGCGACGCGCUGUCGUGUUUCAGCUGCGUGUACGGCAGCGACCCUCACCCGCCUCUGAAAACGAGCCAGAGCGAGGGGAGGCGCUACAGAGACGAUCAACCGACAUCUCACAACACCUGCGUCCAGUUCUGUGAAAUGGUCUCCACGGACAUGUACAGCCACUGGGCAGGACCCAUCAUAGACGUCCUGCUGGAUUAUGUAGGUGACGUGAAUCUCUGCUCCCGACUCAUAGAACACUUGGACAGUUACCCGGACUGGGCCAACAUCAAGGAGAAAGCAACGCCUCCGCGGCCGCUCAUGCAGCUCUGCAGGCUGAAGAUCCGGCGGCUGAUCGGAAAACACAGAUUGAACAAAAUCAAAAAGUUGCCCCUUCCUGGACGACUGAUCAAGUUCCUGAAUUAUGAGGAGCGCUUGCAAGAUUUAUGAGCCUCGCUAGGUGUGACAGAAAACAAAGAUAAAAAAGAAAAAACUAAAAAACUAAAAAUUAAUAAAUAAGCAACAACACAUUUACACUACACAGCACUGUGCAGAAGUAUUAGGCACAAAAAAAUCAUUAAAGAGAAGAUUUUUUUAAAAAUCAUAUGAGAAGUUUCUUAACGACUAUAACACCAAAUCUGAUCCAUAAUUAGUUUGCAUUUAAAGCUGCAUGGUUUCUUUCAGUAGCUGCUAGCCUGGUAUUUGGUCCCACUUUGCUUCCUGGUUUUUGUAUCUUGAAUUCUGUCUCUGAUUUGCUCUGUUCCUGUCUUUGAGCUCACGUCACAUUUUGUAUCUGUGUUCCACCUUCAAUAAACAUUCAAAACUCUAACUGCAUCCUUCUCCGACUCCAUCUCAUGGCACAUAACUUCACCAUUACCAAGGAUGCAGCUGGAGAUUCAAACUGGUGCACCGCCAUGGCAGCCCAUGCAAGCUGUUUGUAGAACAACAACAACACCUGGCCAUUCUGGACACUAAACUGAACAUGUCCACCACUUAUGUUAUCUCCUCUGCUUCGUCCCCCACAGAAACUCAUUUUGUAAACUCAAGUUCGCUCAUCUCUCAUCGAGACUUGUAUGCCAGAGAGACCUCCCAGAGCAAACAUUUUCUUCAACAGUCUUUCCUGUACUUCUCCAGUCAGGAGGGGGUUUCAGAUCACCAAAAUCUUUUCUCAGACAAAGCCACCAAGUGGGCCACUGUGGUCAGGACUAAAGGACAAGAACUGCUGUCUUCUUAUGGCUGCUUCAUUGAAUUAUUUCAGCGAGUGUCUGAGAGUCGAAUGUCACACUCCAGCUGCUGAAAGUGGACAGAACGAGCUGAAUCUCAAAGCCGCUUUCCAGCAGGGGCUUAACCAGGAAGUGUUAGAACUGGUACAUGAUAUCCUGUCACUCGAUUCACUGAUGGAUCUCAACAUUUCUCUGGAUCAUCUUCUCUGCACUCAGCAAAUGCCUGAGUGCAUGGGGAACCCUGCUCCUGUAGUUGACCCCCUUCACCCUGUGCAACUCGGAGGGACUUGCCAGGUUCAAAAAGAAAUUUGAAGACCUCUAAAAGAUGGUUGGGGGUCAAGAGCACAGUCCUGUAACAAGCUGAGGAGAAAUGUUCAGGAUUAUGGGAUUACUAUUAAAUGAAUAAAUCAAUCUCUUAAGUCGUACCUGAAUUAGGUAAAUGGAUGAUGGGCUGCUAUCUAUAAGAUUGAUCAGGCCAUGAAGACCUAAGGUCUCUCUUGGUGUUAGAGAGAAUUACCAAAGAUGGGCAGAACUACAGCAGAACACUUGUAGCACUCAAGUCCAAUUACAGGAUCAAUGUCCAAUCAAUUAAAACCAUCCAGAGUGGGCACACAUCAGAGACUCAACCUCAGCUUAGACAUAAAGUAUGACCUUACAUUACAGGUCAUGACCCUGCAGAUACAGCUGAACAACCUGUCUCCUUAGAUUGAUCAGCGCGAGGACAGCAUGCAUGACCAUCAGUAUCAUGCCAAGUACUCUGCAGAUAGGACUGGAUAAAGGUUUGCAACACAAGAAACAAGCAUGAGUUCCAUUGAACUGGAGACUGACUCAUUGCCUACAGCAUUUACAUAUAUGGCUUUUGGCAGAUGCCCUUAUCCAGAGGAACUUUUUUUUUUAUCUCAUUUUAUACAACUGAGCAAAUGGUGGUUAAGGGCCUUGCUUAAGGGCCCAGAGGUGGACCUGGGAUUUGAGCUCACAACCUUCCAAUCAGCAGGCCAACCACUAGGCUACCACAUCCCCCAGCAUUAAUGCUGGAGUUAGAGUCUAUGCUUCUCUUGCUGCCAAACUGCUCACUUCAUGGAACAGUGCCCUUUCUGUAAGCAGACCCCAGGUCAACCUGAGUCACCUGAGAGGGUCACCAACCUCUCAGUAAGUUUCUACCUCAGCAAUCAUUCACAUAAAAGUUCAGACCAUGUUUCUGUCCUGUAAGCACUAAUCGACUCUAGAAUGGUGGGGAAUUUCAUUAAUCAGAUAUUUGUUCUGAACCUCAACUUACCCUCUCAGGUUCUGAAACAUCUCCCCAAUAUUUAUGCCAUAUACAGGGGUCUCAUGGGAAGCUGAACGAUGAAGCUUUGCACUAAACCCCUUUCUGCUCCAAGUCAGCGGCAUCCAUCAGGAACACAACUCUUUCUUAGUUAUGCUCACCUAGAACACUUAGAACAAGUGGCUCAAAGAAAUAAGGUAUUCACUGAUCAAUCCUAUGAAGAAACCCACAAUUCUGGGCGAUUGAGGAUGGUUGUCUUCUCAGGACCUGAGAAACCCUCAGGAUCAUAAAAAUCUUAGUGACUGAUUCAUCGCCCUUACAAUAUCUUCCAUCGUAUCAACAAUGUCACAUACAAGAUAGACUUACCACCUCACAGUGGACUUUCACUCUCUUCCCAUGUUUCACAUCUUAAUCCUGUCAUUCCUGGACCUCAAGAUCACCAGCACCCCUCAAUAUUGAAAGACAACCUGAUUACCUAGGUUUCCUAUGUUGGAGUCUACAGUCCCAAAGAUCAGCUUUGGAUUCUGGCACAUGUCGAGCUCGACCCCUGCACCCUGCCAAGCACCCUAAAUGAUUAGCCCCUUGCCCCAGAGCAAAACAAGAAAGCAUUCAACCCCCAGCGUGAGCUCCUUGGGAUGUACUCUCAUGCUAUCUCCAAUAUCCACCAUAAAUUCCACACCUGUUCCUAAUCUCACCCUACACCUGUUCCUAAUCUCACCCUACACCUGAUCCCAAUCUCACCCUACACCUGUUCCUAAUCUCACCCUACACCUGAUCCCAAUCUCACCCUACACCUGUUCCUAAUCUCACCCUAUGCCUGUUCCUAAUCUCACCCUACACCUGUUCCCAAUCUCACCUUACACCUAUUCCUAAUCUCACCCUACACAUGUUCCUAAUCUCACCCUAUGCCUGUUCCUAAUCCUGCCCUACACCUGUUCCCAAUCUCACCCUACACCUAUUCCUAAUCUCACCCUACACAUGUUCCUAAUCUCACCCUAUGCCUGUUCCUAAUCUCACCCUACACCUGUUCCCAAUCUCACCCUACACCUAUUCCUAAUCUCACCCUACACCUGUUCCCAAUCUCACCCUACACCUAUUCCUAAUCUCACCCUACACCUGUUCCCAAUCUCACCCUACAUUUCUUCCUAAUCUCACCCUACAAUUAUUCCUAAUCUCACCCUACACCUGUUCCUAAUCUCCCCCUACGACUAUUCCUAAUCUCACCCUACACCUGUUCCCAGUCUCACCUCCUCAGCCUUUAAAUACAAUCUCACUGGACUCUUACCGCUCAGUGUGCUCAUUACCUGACUGACCAAACACUUGUUUCUGUGCUUCUUGGUUUUUGUAUCUUAAAUUCUGUCUCUGACUUGCUUUCUGCUUCUCACCUGGCUUUUUGCCUGUCCCUGUUUUUAAGAUCGAGUCACAUUUUCAGUUUGUUUUCCACCUUUAAUAAACAUUCUAAACUCCAAUUGGACCUGGUGCCGAUUCCGUCACAUGACACUAGGAUUUACUUUAAAAUCUGGGAGAAAAAAUCUGAUGCAGAAAACAGUGAAAAGGUCUAUGCCUUAAAAAGUUAGAUUAGAUGCGAAUUAGAUGCUUCAAAUUAUUACUAAUAAUUGUUACUUAUUAAUAUUCGUUAUAUAUAAAUGAUGACUUUUGCACAAUGUCUACAAAUUUGUAUUUUUAAUACAAUAUCUAAAUAUGUGCAGAUAUGUGACAAAUUAAAGGAAAAAAGUAUUUUUUAUGUACAGAAGGUGUGUGUUGUUGUUGUAGAUGGUUUGUAGUUUGGAUCGUAGUUACGAUAGACUGAAUUGCACUUUAUUACACAUAAUCAUGCACUAAUUUAUACAUUUAAUACAAUCUUAGAAUAAAGAUAAAGCUUAUUUCUAACACUUCUUUAUACACUCCUAAAAAUAAAGCUUUCAGGAAGAACCAGUAAUGCCAUAGAAGUAACUUUAUGUUUUUGGUUCCUCAAAUAACCUUCCAGUGAAUGGUUCUUAAAAGUAAACUUCUUAGCACCAUAAAGAACAAUUCUAAAUUUCUGAAGAACUUUUUUUUCACUACUAAGAAGAUUUUCUGCAAUGGAAACGAUCCAUGGGCGUUAAAGGUUCUUCAUGGAACCAUACACCCUAAAGCCAAAGAACCGUUUAAGAACCUUUAUUUUUAAGAGUGCAGAAGGCUUCUCUUUCAGAAACUGAUGUAAGUGGAGCCUUUCUAGAUAGCAUGAUGUAUAAAGUGGUUAAAUACUGCGUUAUUAAUGCUGGAUGUGAUGAAUGAAUAUG